AUGCGAUGCGCGAGCAAGGCCGCCGAGAGCGCGUCCGCACGUCUCUGUGCGGACGCCGAAGCAGAAACCACAGCAACUGAUGUCUCAUCGGUUGCUGAAGCGACCCAGCCUGUGUCACUUGGUGAUGCAGGCGCUGGUCAUGAAGACACUCAUGUCUUCACAGAGUAUGAGCUCGGUGUCUCGUACUCUCCUCAUACGGAAGACGGAUCCGUAUCGACGGCGAUCGAACCCAAGCCGCCUGCCAAGCGUGGCAUGGACGGUGCUUUGCGUCGCAGCAUCUUUGGUUCAUCUGAUGAAUCAGAUGAACCAUCGCCGAAGCGAAGGCGCUCGAGGUCGCGAGACUCGGGCGCUAACAGUGGUGUCGGUUCUCCUAUGGACACCACUUCGCAACGAGGUGCCAGUACUUCUGUCGGCACGUCGCAGGAAGAGCGGGAUCGCAAUGUCUUGCGUCUCGCUCCCGAGAAGAAGGCAUGGAUGCCUCCAAAUUAUGUCAUGGAUCACUUGUCGGCGACGACGAGUGAUCGUUAUCGAACACGGUUGUUCGAUUCGUCAAGGAUCCAUCACCUUGACCCCAGCGCGAAAAACUAUCGCGCUGAAAACGAAUUCUUCAUCGAUGCUUUCUUUAGACAUCGAUGGUACAGUGGGAAUCACAAGCGUGAUGGUCCCUCACUUCUUCAAGCGUGGAACGCCUACAUCCAUAACCUUGAGGAUGUAGGUCGUGACGCUUGGAACGACAAACUUAUCAAAGCUCGUGAUAAGUUUGAAAAGCGAACCCCGACAGGUGCACGCUACAAGCUGCAUCGUCUGUCAAGGGAGAAAGGAUUACCCUGCCUCUCUUGGGGAGACUCGUGCCCGUGUUGUGUGAACAACUCUGCACGAGCACCUAAGGAGGCUUACCUCCUUACUAGCCCGUGGUGGCGCGUACGUAUCUCUACUGAGAUGUACGAAGGGAUUGACAACUUGAAAUCCCUUUACGACCGUGCCGGGAAGACUUUCUCCGGCGGUCCUUCUGCAGCACAGAAUGUGCCGCGUCGUACUGCUUAG